AAAAAAAAAAAAAACAAAAUGAGUGAUACACAAAGAGAAGAUGAGGAACCUUUCAUUGCUGCCAUGCUACUCUGCUACUCCAAAACUUUUAGUAGGGCUGUGCAAGCAGCAUUUGAUCUUGGCAUCUUUGAGGUAUUGGCUGAGCCAGGUCCCAAGACCCAGCUGACUGCCCGCGAGAUCGCCGGAAACUUGUCCGGAUGUAACCAUGAGAAAGCUGCAGCCAUGCUGGAUAACAUUCUAGGCUAUCUUGCCUCUCAUUCUAUCCUCACCUGUACUGCUUCCUCAUCCGACGAAACAGGCAGCCCAAGGAAGCAAUAUGGGCUAACACCAACGAGCAGGCUCUUGGCUAAGAACCAUGAUGGGCUUUCUUUGGCUCCUUUUAUGUUCAUGUCACAUAAGAAGGUUUAUGAAGAUGCCUGCUGGAAUCAAUUAAAGGAAGCAUUACAAGAGGGGGUAAAUCCCUUCAAAAAAGCUUAUGGUUUCACAAUGUACGAGUACAUGGAUAAGAAUCCUACCUAUUCUAAGGUUUUUAAUGAAGGCAUGGCCAGCAAUAGCAAUAUAGUGACUCAGAAGAUGCUUGAGAAGUAUGAAGGGCUAAAGCAAGUAACGGAGCUUGUUGAUGUUGGUGGUGGUAUUGGAACCUCAUUGAAAAACAUCAUUUCUAAGUAUCCACACAUUAAAGGGAUCAAUUUUGAUCUGCCACAUGUUGUUUCACAGGCACCAUCGCUUCCAGGUGUCCAACAUGUUGGCGGGGACAUGUUUAUCAUGAUACCAAGCGGAGAAGCCAUUUUCUUAAAGUGGAUUCUUCAUAAUUGGAAUGAUGAGAAAUGUCUACUAAUUUUAAAAAAUUGUUGGAAGGCAUUGCCAACUUCUGGAAAAGUAAUCCUUAUGGAGCACAUUCUUCCUGAGUUUCCAGAAACAAAUAUUUCUACACAGCAAAUUUACACCAUGAAUAUGAUAAUGACAAUGUUUUUUGAAGCAAAAGUGCGGACUGAGAGAGAGUAUCAGUCAUUAGCUCAUGAAGCAGGUUUUUCAGGAUUCAAAAUUUUAUGCAAGAUUUUCAAUUAUCAUAUAAUGGAGUUCUUAAAAUGACAUAUGCAUGACAGAAGCAUAUCUCAAGUUGAACUCUUAAUAAUAAAAAUAAAAUUGGAUGCAUUGCUUCCAUUUUAUU